AUGGGCAAGCGCAAGUCCUCGAGCAAGCCGCAAGGCCCCAAGAAGCGCGCGCCGCUUGCGACAACCUUUACGUGCUUGUUUUGCAACCACGAAAAGUCGGUCUCGGUCAAGGUCGACAAGAAGGCCGGCGUAGGCUCCCUCAGCUGCAGUGUCUGCGCCCAGAGUUUCCAGUGCGGCGCCAACUAUCUGAGCGCCCCCAUCGACAUCUACAGCGAAUGGGUCGAUGCUGCCGAUGCUGUCGCAAAGGAGGAAGCAGGCAACCCAACCAGAACCCAAGCAUCCAACUCGAGAUCGAAACAAGCGGCUGACAGAUAUGAUGACGACGAGGACGACCGGCGCUACGAGGGAGAGGGUAUCGUGGAUGACGACGAUGAAUAUUAA